CCACGCGCCGAUCCUCGGUUCCCGGCACGAUGACUCAGCCCAGCCCACCCCGAGCCGCCCCUCCUCGCCCCUUUGCUGACGUCCCCCCCUCCCCCCCCCAACGCGCUGAGCUCAUGGCCGCGCCUCGCUCCAACUUCCGGCCACGCCCACUCGCCUUCGUGACGUCACGGGAGCGCCCCACUAGAAAAGCACCGCGGCUCAACGCUGCCCGGCAGUUCCGCUCUUCGUCUUCUAUCGCCAUGGCUGCUGCUACAGCUGGCCCAGCUCCGGAGCCGCUGCGUCAGGGCCCUUUUUGCGGUCAGCCUCCCUCCGAGCCGUCCCCGGAGCCCCCGCUGCCUCCUCGCUCCCCGUGGUGCCCGCCGUCCCCGGAGCUGGGCCGCCUCCUGCGCUCCCUCAGCGCUCCGAGCGGUCGCUCCGUGCCCCCUCCUCCCGGUUUCUCUCCUCGGCUCCGCGGGGCUCCUCCCGGCCUGACCCGCCCGCAGCCCUCCGACACCGCAUUGCUGGCUUUGGCGGCGCUGACUUUGGGCACGGAUCCGCCCGGGACCGUCCCGGUGCCGUUCCCGUCUCGCAGAUCGGCUCAGCUCUCCUCUCUCGGCCUGGCGCUUCUGUCUCCGACGUCGAACGAAUCGUCCCAGCUGUCACCGUCGCUUUCACCUCCUCAAUCUCCGUUCAGCUUCUCCUUGUCACCGCCCUCCUCGCCGCCGUCCCCGCUCUACAAGACCGAACUGUGCCGCCCUUUUACCGCUACCGGCCGUUGCCGCUAUGGUGCCCGCUGUCAGUUUGCCCACGGCCCCGAGGAGCUGCGGGGGCUCCGCCGCCACCCCAAGUACCGCACGCAGCCGUGCAGCACCUUCCAGCGCUGCGGGACGUGCCCGUAUGGCUCCCGCUGCCACUUCCUGCAUGGCCCCGCACCGGCGGAGGGAAACACGAGCAGCCCGGGCAGCCCCCACCGCCUCCCAGUGUUUGACCGUAUCUCAGUGUCGGAAUGAGGGGUGUGGUGAUGGUCCCUCCCCAGAGGAAGGGAGCCCUCCUUCCUUCCUCCCCCCUCCGCCAGGAACUUUGGGCUGAAGGAGGCGGAGUUGUCAGAUGUAGCAUCCCUGGGGCGGGGGGGGGGACACGCUGUGCUCGGUCCCAGUGGUAAUAAGUGGGAAGUGGGGGGGAGGAGGAGGAGGAGAGGGAGACGAGGCUGGCAGGUCCUGUCGUCUCCCUCCCCGCCCUGAUUCUGCCUUUAUUUAUUACUCACUCAGUGCCUUAGGGGCGUUUCUGUCCCUGUGUAUGGCUUUUUUUUUUUUUUUUUUUUCCCGGUGGCCAGAGGUUUUAUAUCGUAUUUAUGUGUUUUAUAA